GUUCCAGAUUUGCAACUCAAAAUGUGGCACCCCUGGAUUGGAGAACGAACAAGUUGUUUUUAUUGUCGAUUAAAAUUUUGUGGUGCCACUUUAGCAACUUGUUUGUCAAGCGCGCAGAGGAGAGGCCAGUGUGGGGAAGCGCGUGCGGUCCUCACAAUGUCCAGUUUGUCUCGUGAGGCAAGCACCGCCUUAGCAAUUGGCUCUGCGGUGACCUUGGCCCUGGCAGCUACUUGGUAUCACCAACAAAGCAAGAAGAACCAACCACCCUCAAAGUGGCGACAGGUUGGGCAACUGUCUUCGUUGUGGUGCUAUCCCAUAAAAUCGUGCGCGGUCAUCGAACUCAAGGAUGCUCUGUGCGCAACGCUUGGGGUCAAAAAUGGCCUUAUCAGAGACAGGGUCUUCAUGGUGACUCGAGAGGACUUUGAGUUUAAAACGGCAAGGACGUACCCAUCGAUGACUUUGGUGAAGCCGAAGAUUGAUGGGGUGGUGGUGUCUUUAAGUGCUCCUGGAAUGCCUGAUAUCAGUUUUUCAAUUGCAUCCCUGGCAAAGGAGAAAGCUGCAGCUACUGUUUGGGGCCAGAAAGUUGAGGUUCAGGACUGUGGAGAUGAGGUUGCAAAAUGGUUUUCACAAUACAUUUUGAAAGCAGAAACUGGCUGCAGACUUGUUUACUACCCCUCUGAUAUGUCCACUCGCUCUGUUAAACCGAAGCAUAAAUCGUACACCAAUGUUAGACCAAAGGACGCGGGUGGGUUGAGUGACUUCAACUCCUACAUGAUCAUAAAUCAGUCUUCGAUUGAUGAUUUGAACACACGGCUACCUGAAGGCACUGAUAAGACCACCGCUCUUCAAUUCCGACCAAAUUUUGUUGUGAAAGGAAAUACUAAAGCUUAUGAAGAGGAUGACUGGAAAUGGAUAAAAAUCGGAGAAACAAUUUUCCAAGUUACAAAGCCUUGCGACAGAUGCAUCUUCACCACAAUUAAUCCUCAAACAGGCGAACGAGACCCUGGCAUGGAACCUCUGAAAACUUUAAAAACAUAUCGGCAAAUCACUGAUCCUGCUAGAAGACCUUUUCAUGGAGAUUCACCAAUCAUGGGUCAACACAUUGCAGUUUACAAGGAGGGCCGUGUUUCCGUUGGUGACGCAGUUUAUGUACAAGCUUAAAGUGUUCACACCUUAAGAGGUUUUUUUUAUGCUAAUUAAAUCCAGUGAAAUUUUAA